AGAACAGCAGAAAUCAGCAGCCAUGGACACGCAGAACACCUCUGUUCUUAAAGAAGGCUUUUUGGUUAAGAGGGGUCACGUGGUUCACAACUGGAAGGUUCGGUGGUUCGUCCUGAAAGCCGAGCAGCUGCUUUACUACAGGUAUGAGGGGGGAAAACGGGACUCGUGCCACCGAGGGAGCAUCCCGUUACACGGCUGUGAGAUCACCUGUCCUUACCUGGAAUAUGAAAACAGACCGCUGGUCCUGAGACUGAAGACCAACACUACGGAGGAGUACUUCCUGGAAGCGUGUUCUCGGGAGGAGCGAGACGAGUGGGCCGCAGAGAUCGGUGCAGCUGUGAGGAGACUCGGCCCAGGCGAUGCUAAAGAUCCUUCUCCAGCUGUGCGUAAAGCUUCACGAUCGCUGCAACUCCACAGCGUAAACCUCAGUCAGGUGGUGGACUCCAUGUAUGACGUUCACAGCGGCAUUAAGAUGAACAGCCAUGUGGAGCAGGGCAGCACCUACAUCAACUGCUUCUCAGGCUCGGCAGUGGUGGACUGGUUGGUGUUCACUCAGCUGGCUCUGACUCGGGUGGAGGCCGUGACUCUGGCGUCGGCUCUGCUCGACGAAGGCUGUGUGAGAGCUGUUGGAGUUAAGAGCGUAGCCGCCGUGAGGAACGCCGCUCUCGGAGAACAGUUCCUCGACGAUUCUACGGCGCUCUACAGCUUCGCUGAUAGCUUUAAGAAGCGGGGGAGUGUAAAGUCGGAGAAGUCCAUAUCUGCAGUGGAGCUGAGUGGAAGAGUGCAGAAGAGAGGUUACCUGGUCAAACAGGGACACAAUGUUAAGAACUGGAAGGUGCGACUCUUCGUGCUGAGGUCGGAGCCAGGUUUCUUGCACUACUACGACCCGAGCAAGGAUGACAUCACUCCAGCCGGCGGGUUCUCUUUACGCGGCUGUCUGGUCUCUUCUCUGGAUGACAAUGGCGUACCCUCAGGCGUGAAAGGUAAAGUCCAGGGGAACCUGUUUAAGAUCAUCACUCAGACGGACAGACAUUACUUCAUCCAGGCUCCCACACACCAGGAGAAGAUGGAAUGGAUCAGCGCCAUCAAGCAGCAAACAUAAAGGCGUGAUUAGCCUCAAAAACAGCUGACGUCAUGGUGCGGUUAAGCAUUUCACACCUAGAUUAUGUCCUGCAUGAUCAUGGUGGUGUUUGUAGCAUUGAGUAUUACAAACUCCAAUAUUCAGCAUGAAUUCAAAACCAUUAGCUUCCAGAGGUAAAAGAGGUGGAUGAAAAUGCUAAACAUUAUUUAAAAAAGACAAAAUUUAUUUAAUGUUUAAAAUGGACUUUAUCUACAAAACCCAAUAAGCUCUGCACCAGUUUAAACAGCUCCAUGCUGAUGGGCUUGGCUCGUUUAUCUGCAGCUCUAAACAGCAUCUUUUUCACUCAAAGAAUUGAGAACCCAAAGAAUCAAGCAACUCUAAGAAGCCACAUUUCAGGUUCUCAGCAUUUGGAUUCUGGACCUUCAUGUACCUGGUGAGCAGGAAUUGCUCUGAAGACCACGAUGAAGCUCAUCCUGCUGGCAGGACAUUAAAUUCAUAACGUUCACGUCCCUUUUACAGUCAAACGUUUUAGUGACUGGAUGUGAAAUUCACUACAGACUGCCAUCAGCUGUUUCUUUAACUUAUUCUCACUCUAAGCACUUUUUUGUCUUCUGCAAAUCUCCUUGAAUGUUUGCUGUAUGUACAGCAAUAAUAAUACGUGCUUUAUACCAAGCAAAACCUUGUUAAAUUAAAUAUUUUUAUCAGCUUUUAUACAGAACAUUUAUAACCAGGCAUGUGCUGAUAUUAUUGUGUCAUAUCACACUGUACUAUAUUGUAAUGAUACUGUAUUAAAUUUAAAUACAAAAAAUAAAGCACUAAACUUACAAAUUAGUGCACACUAUAAAUACAUGAACAAAUACUAAUACAAAUACUGAAAUUCAUCUCUGUCGAUAGUCUUUUAAAGCAUGUACAUUAAUAAUAUCUGUUGAAAAGUAUGGUGUGUAUAAAUACAGUGCAGUAUGUAGAUAUGAAACCUGUUAUCAGCACAUGCCCAUGUAUAUUUUUAUCUUAUUGAAUCAUGUAAAAUAAAGUGUAUUUAUUGUCUAAUAGAGAUACAGUGAGUAGCCUGGUCCUUUUCAGUGAUGUGUUUCCUGAAGAGUAGCGAGGGAUGAAAGUGUUAAUGUUCAUCAUGAAAGUGAUGGGGUGAAAAACUAAAGAUAAAAUGAGAGGAAAAAAAAUCAAGAAAGAAAGAAAUCAAAAAUGCAUUUUAUAAUAAAAGAAACAAUUGAGAUUUAUAUAAAAAUAAUUUAAAAAAAUAAAGAGAAAAAUAAAAACUGUUAAGAGAAAAGAAAAAAAAAUAAACAUAAUGUUUCCUGAGUGAAUUCUGUGCUCUUAAGGAGUUGAAAAUAAUAUUUCUAAAAACUCCCAAAAACAUACAAGUGUUUAGAUUCAUGGUUUGAAAUGAAAAAAAAAAUAAAUAAAUAAAAUAAAAUAAAACAAGAAGUUAAGGGAAAGAAACAAUGAAAAAAAGAAAGCAUUUGGGGAAACAAAUAUAGAAAGAAAAAAAAAAUGAAAUACACUUUGUUCCACAUCACAACGUGCUUUCAUGGAAGAAGUAAAGAAAGAAAGAAAGAAAGAAAGACAGGACAAAAAAGAGAUCGAGGAGUGUGCGUGUGUGUGUAUUUCCAUAACACACCACUUGUUGAAAUCAUCCAGAAAAAGCAUUUUAAAUAAAAUUUGUAGAUCACUGCAGAAAAUAACAUUAAAAGCAAAUGUGAUAGAAGAAAAAGAAAGUAAGGUUGAGUUUAAAGCGAAGCUGCUGAUUGGUCGGCUCAGUGUGACAUCACCAGUGGCAGCUGGAAUUCAUAUUUACAUACAGUCCGUUAGUGUAUUUUAAUAAAAACAACUCAAGCUUCAAUCUUUAUUACUUUGAAAGGAAUGAAGUUUAUAAAAUUAAUAUUUCCAAAACAAGCUCCUUGUUAAAUUUGUUUUAAAAAGCAGUUUUCAGAUAAAAAUUGCAGAAGCAGAAGUGUAGAAGAAUAACAGUAACACACUAACACUCUUCUUCGAAGAAGUGUGAUAAAAAUAAUUUUUUAAAAUAUUAAUUGUAUUAAUAAUGAAGCACAUCAGUGACGUAACUUCAUACAUAUUUGUCAUAUCACUUCUCUGAAGACCGUUCCUCUAGUGACAGUGAUACAGCUCAUGAGCAGUAACACAACAACAUCUCAGCCAUGUGCAAAAAGACUUUUAUUGUUUUCAUACUGAAUCUAAUUCAAAGGCAUCUUGACAGACAUGAUUUUUUAAAUUUUUUUUUGCUUCUUGAUCAGACAUGUCGAUUUCUUGGGCUGUUCAUUCGUCAU